AUGGGUGAAAUCAGCCCAGUUGCUAUGCCUGAGAGCUUGGGGCGUGAGCGAAAAUUGCCCUCCUUCACACAGAACGGUGACACCCUGUUGAAAGCCAAGGAGGCGGCCGCCUCGGAGGCGUUGCGGACGCUGUUUCGGACCCUGAACACGCGGCUCUCCAACAGCAACAACAAGGAGUUGGCAAAAUACCUGGCGUCCUUGUUCGAAGAUGCCGUGGAGCUCGUGCAGUUGAGAUUGAAGGGAGAUCCUGAGGAACGAAGCCCAGGCAACGUCCUUUAUAGCUUGGCUUAUUUGGCGCGGGAGCCAUACCCGCUGACGCCUGAGAAGCGCAUGCUGACGGCGAGUCACGUGAAGACCUUGCCUGAGGGAGGCUACCAAGUCUUCAUCCAACAGAAGCAGAGACUCACGAUGCCUGCGAAAGCGGCGAAGAUCUCUGUUUCUGCGGAGACAGCCCCCAAGUAUUUGGUGGCGAAAAUGGAAAAGGCGCUGAGGGAGAAGAAUGCUUUGAAGCUUCAACUGGCAGGGACCAAGGCGGCUGAACAAGUCGUCUUGGCGCUGGCGAUGUUGAACUUUCCGCAUCGCUUCAGUUGCUACUUCAUGAAGUCCGACUUCCAAAACGCCACCGGUCUAGAGGUCCAGGUCGCUCGCCGUUGGCGACCGCUCUGA